AUGCGAACGGAUCAGUCGAAUCGCAGUUAUCCUGUAGAUAGCGACGAAGACACUAAGGGAUCACUCGGUGAAGGGACAUCUUCAUUUUCAUUGGAUAUAACUGCAAGGGGACGACCAUUGAUCAUUUUCAAAGGAUAUGAGCAUCGUCAAGUUCGAGUCGAUCGAGCGCGUAAUUUGAAAGCUUAUCGAUGUAUCAAGAAGAAAUGUAAGGGACGUCUGCAUACUGAUUAUAAUGAUACAAAUGUGAGAAUUGUUAGCGAGCAUGUCCAUGAACCAAAUUUCGAUGCCGAAUUUAAACGACGAAGACGUACAUUGCUUCGCGAAUUAGCUCAGAAGGGUAAUGUUUCACCAUCUCAGAUAAUUCAGAAAGCUCGGGAUCUCGAAAUGCAAUAUCACGAUGUUUGUGAGUCUACAAAAACGAGUUAUGCCGCUGAAAGACGCUAUAUUCAACGUUAUUGGAAUCGGCAAAAGCAACAAGAAUUCUCCAGUGGAAAUGGAUUAGUGCCAGUAAAACAUGAGGUAACAGAUUGUAACAGUGAAUCGAAAAUAGAAGAAGAUGGCGGAGAUGUAGAGGAGGAAUCUGUUGAUGUGCCAUCUUUGUUUCCGGGUGAUUCUGCUCAUAUAUCAGAACAGUUUAAUCAGUUCUUACAAAUGACUAAUGGUACAACUAAUGGCAGUAGCGCUUCAGCGAUGAAUGUUUAUCUGAACUUAUUACUGCAACAGAUGCUUUCAAAUGCAGUCGGAAACAAUUCCAGCAACAAUCUUCAGGAUGCUGAUGAUUACUGUUCAUCAAAUUCUUCACAUCAAGAUCAGUUAGAUAGAAAGCAAACUUUAGUUGAUGCAGAAAUUCAGACAAAUAACGAUGAAUCCGGUAUCCAUGCACCUGUCCAUGAUGCUGCAGUACGUGACACAUUAGCUUUAGAGUUGGGAACCAUUCUGGCAAAGAAAUUCUGGCCUCAGCAUUAUUUACGCGAGGACAAACUAAAACUCAUGGUUGAUGUUAUCGGUAAACUGCUCCACUGCUGUUAA